CAGCAUGGAUUUAAAUACUGUGAACGCCAUGAGUUACGGGCAUUUUAUGGACAUUUUUGGCAAUAUUAUAGAGAAAUGCCCCCUGAUCACAGGAGCCGUGUGGUCCAAACAUCCAUUUUCAAGCUUUCCUGAGCUAGAGAAUUGUGUUUAUGAAUUUAUUGAUUCUCUUCCACCAUCUGGGAAGGAGGGUAUUCUGAGAUGCCACCCCGAUUUGGCUGGAAGGGAGCUGAUGAGUGGAACACUGACUUCGGAAUCACAACAUGAGCAGAGGCAAGCUGGUCUCACGUCCCUCAGCCAAGCAGACAGAGAAAGGCUGACUCUUCUGAACUACCAGUACAAGGAAAAGUUUGGCUUCCCCUUUGUCAUAUGUGCAAAAAUGUCAGACAGAAAUAAAAUAAUGGAGGAAUUAAGCUCUCGGCUCCAAAAUGAAAAGGAUGAGGAACUUCAGACAGGCAUAGCAGAAGUUAAAAAGAUUUGCCAUCUCAGAUUGCAAGAUAUAUUUGUCAAGGCCGUACCUACAAAAUUGUAAUUCCUGAAAAUUAUACAUUCAUAAUUACUGUCUCAUUUUAUUAAACUGUCUGUUAAAACCA